AUGCGGCAUACAGCUUUUCAGUUCCUGGUUGUGGCCAUUCUUUUUGUGUUCGUCGCAGCCUGGACCAAAGAAGACCACGAAAUCUUUCAAAUUCGAGAUGAGAUAUUAGCCAAAGAAGGCGCCAAUGUCACAUUCUACGACUUCCUCGGGGUCUCUCCAAACGCAAACCAAGAUGACAUCAACAAAGCCUAUCGCAAAAAGUCCAAACAACUGCAUCCCGACAAAGUAAGGCGCUCCUUCGUUGCCAACAGCUCACGAGGGGAUGGCAAGCAAAAGGGCAAAAAGCCAGGCGUCCACGUUUCCAAGGGACCAUCGGAACGUCAAAUCGCAAACGCCGUCAAAGAGGCCACCGAGCGCUCCGCACGACUCAACACCGUUGCAAAUAUCCUUCGAGGCCCUUCGCGUGAGAGAUACGAUCAUUUCAUGAAAUAUGGGUUCCCGACGUGGAAGGGCACUGGAUACUAUUACUCUCGAUUCCGACCGGGUCUUGGAAGUGUGCUGCUAGGUCUUUUUGUUGCGUUUGGCGGCUUUGGUCAUUAUAUUGCUCUUGUGCUUUCUUACAGAAGACAGCGGGAGUUUAUGGAGAGAUAUAUCCGUCAUGCAAGGAAAGCUGCCUGGGGAGAUGAUCGGGCACUGGGUGGUAUACCCGGUCUUGAUGCUACUGCGACUGCUGCUCCGGCCGCCGCACCUCAAGCAGAGGUCGAAGAAUCACCCGCGGCGAUGGCAUUGAACCGUCGACAGAAACGUAUGAUGGAGCGCGAGAACCGCAAGGAAAGUAAGAAGGGGAACAAGAGUUCUGGACCAAGUGAUUCAGCACCGGGUUCUGGCACAGCUACCCCUGUUAGUGAGAAUGUGGCGGGKGCAUCAGGKACUAAGAAGCGCGUUUACGCGGAGAAUGGAAAGGUUCUGGUCGUCGACUCGAUCGGCAAUGUCUUCUUGGAGGAAGAAACGGAGGAAGGCGAGAAGCAGGAAUUCUUGUUGGAUCUUGAUGAGAUUCCUCGACCGGCGAUUCGGGACACGUUUGUAUUCCGUCUACCGCGGUGGGUUUACCACAAGGUGCUCGGCAAAAAGGACCUAGAAGAGCUUGGCGAAGCUGUUGAAGGAUUGGAUAAUGUGGACGCCAAUGAGCAGGACAUUAUCGCCGACACUGAAGUGACAAAGUCAACUUCGUCUAAGGGAUCUGCUGCUACUGCAGCCACAAGAAAGCGUGGCAAGCGGGGCCAGAAAAAGUGA